AUGCCUGUCUCCUCCAAUUAUCCAAAUGCCGACAUUCCCAAUGUUGACCUUUGGACCUUCCUGUUCGAACGCAAGGACAGGCCUUUCCCGGAUGAUAAGAUCCUCUACCAAGAUGCCGACACUAAGCGACACUAUACCUACAAAGGCCUCAAGGAUGCCUCGCUAGAUUUUGGAAAGGGCCUCAAGGCCCUCUAUGAUUGGCGCAAGGGCGAUGUCCUCGGCCUCUUCACCCCGAACAGUAUCGACACCCCCGUGCUGAUGUGGGGAACCCUCUGGGCGGGUGGUAUUGUCUCCCCAGCCAACCCAGCCUACACGGUCGACGAGCUGGCCUUCCAGCUGAAGAACUCUGGUGCCAAAGCCCUCGCCACGCAAGUCUCCGUGCUGGAUGUUGCCGUCAAGGCCGCGAAGAAGGUCGGAAUCCCAGAGGACCACAUUAUUCUGCUCGGCGAUCAGCGGGAUCCCAACGCUCGCUUCAAGCAUUUUACUUCCGUCCGCAAUAUCUCUGGUGCCACAAGGAAAAGCCCAAUUAAGUCUCAGGAUAGCCACUCACAUAGUCAGUUCCAUAAUGGUGCCUUGUAUAACAGUUUCUUGCAGAGCUAA